UUGCAGCCCGGAGCUGUGGAGCGUGGCGUGACGUACCAGUCGGUCAUCGCUGAGGCCAAGGCCAAGAUUAAAUUAUCAGAUCUUGGCCUUCAGUCCGUCACCCUCAGGCAGGCUGCCACGGGUGCGCGGCUGUUCGAGGUGGCUGGCACUGUGAGCGACAAUGCUCCAACUUGUAAAUCGGAACAACCGAUCAAUAUCAGGGCAGCGAUAGGGGAAGUUGUCGAGAUUGAGUGCAUCGUAGAUGCUAAUCCUAAAGUUUCUUUAACGUAUCAGUGGUGGUUUAAUAGAACGAUACACGCGAGGCGUGAAUUGAAAAUGUCUCCGUCACACGUACAAAAUGAAGCAAAUACAAACGAGAAAGCUAAAACGCCUCAAGAAGAGAGUUCAAACAUGUUGCUUACAGGUGAGAAAAAGUCUGACAGUGCUAAUAGCUUAGAUAAGAAUCCUGAUAUUAUACCUUUAAACACGAAACUAAGUGAUACUUGUUCUAACAAAUCUUCAAACACAGACAACAGUUCUGUCAGACCUUUAAUAUCUACAACUAAUGUAGAUGAAUUAGAAAUACCUAAUCGUUUCAAUGCACAUUACAAUCAUACGAUGAACAGUACUUCCCAGUAUGAAUAUCCACUGAGAUAUAGGAUACCAAAUAUUCAACCAAGUUUGGCGCCGAUGCCAAACAUUGGAACGAAUGUACAUAGGCAGCCAUUUCAUAAUGUUUAUGAGGAUUGGUUAAGAUAUAAAAACACGUUACCUUUAGAUAGUAGCCAUUUGUUAAGUAAUUAA